AUGAGUAAAUUCUCCUUCGCACGCCGACCCACAAUUUUUGCACCAGAGGCAUCACAGCACAUUUCAAAUGCUUCCAUCAUCGCUGCACGAGCCGCUCUCGGACGCGUGGCUCCCGUGCGGAUCGAGUUUGAUAGCUCGGGGAAUAAGACCGAGCCUCUUGCCGUUUGGAUGGGCAAGCGCUCCCACGCAGAAGUAGAAUGCAUGCAACUCAGAAAAGAGCGAAAAGGCCCAUUCUUUCACGAAUAUAUAGUCUUCCGCCUUAUUAACGACAAAGGAUGCUUUCGCAUUGACCGUCGACAGCUUCCAGACGAGACCUCCCCACUGGGCUGUACAGAGGACGCAGGCGUUGAGCCCUAUGAAACCAUCGAAGACAUAGGAAAUCUAGAUGAAUCAAUAUACAGUCCUUCAGAAUGCAUCGCUCAUGCUGAAUUCAAGGAGCAUAUCCGCAUGGAACUCAUCAUAGAUAUAUGCCGAGAGAUAUCGCAACACUACCAUGCCUCUACCUAUACUGUCCAGCGAUUCAACUGCUAUUUUUAUGCUCAGACCAUAUUUCUUUUCACCGUGUGCAAGGAAUAUGAUUGGUACCAGAGAUACGGGAAUCAUCUAACAGUGCCAAUUCUCCCUGGGUUAACUGCACAUCAUGUCAUGUAUAUUCAGGGAGCCGGAAGCAUUGCACUUAAAGAGGAAGACUUGAUAAGGGCCCAGAUGCCGCUAAAGAAUAUAGAAAAGAGUCGUAAAAUAGACCUGAAAAUUCUUGACAAAAACCUGUGUUCCCACCUCAUAUUACCGAGUGAUAGCACUUAUACCAUUUCCGAUAUAUCAAAUUCAAAUCGUUACAACUCUGCUUGGAAGAUGUUGUUUCGUCUGGUUCGGUCUCAGCGUAAAAAUAGCCAGGCCCAGCAGUUGAAAGAGGCAAGCAUAGGGGAAUUGCAGGAGCUCAUAUCAGAUAUGAUUCAUGCACAUAGUGUAAGGAUCGAAAAUUUUAGAGUUUUACUAGGAUGCAGUGCGCGGGAGGUUGAACAAGAUAUUAAGCGGACGAUGAAUGAUAUAUGGCGGAAUAAAUGGCUUAUAUUUUCAGCGGCCAAGUGGAAGAGACAAACGCCGCCGUAUCGCGGCCCCACAAUCAUGGAAUCAAUGGCUAUGAAACACAAGGACGACGGCGGAAUGUGUGGUGAUGGAAUGUGGUAUACAUCUGCGUGCGCAGGAACUCGGGAGCAUAAUACCCCGAUGUGCACGCCACCCCAACGGUGUUUCUCGUUGAUGAAUUCUGUCCUCAAACAUACAGGUUACUAG